AUGAUUCCAAUAAAAAGGGAACUUGCCGAAGAUAUCCAACAGGAGCAAAUGGAGGGAGUUAAAAGCUUUUUGUUUUCUCUGAAAGGGAACAUUCAGUACAUCAAUGAUGAAAAUGUAAUAAAACGCAAAUUUUCCCCUCAAGAUAAACUUGAGUUGGCCAUUGUUAAAUUUUUGCAAACAAAAGAUACAAACCUUGAUGAAAUAAUGUAUAAAGACCUUCCUUCUCACUGGGAACAACAUGGGGAUCUUAUUCUUUUACCAGAGAAAUGUUUUACCCAGGAUACAUGGGAGGAUUUUGGUGCUGAAUUGUGGCAAGUUGUAGCUGAAACACUAGGUGCUAAAAGAAUUGCCAAGAAAUCAACAAUAUGUAGAGAUGGAUUUCGCACGCCGCAAGUGAGUUUGCUUCUUGGACAUAGUGGCUGUGUGAUGCACAUUGACAAUGGCAUCAAAUACACUUUUGAUGUUACAAAGUGUAUGUUCUCUGCAGGAAAUAUAACAGAAAAGAUGAGGGUUGGAAACUUUGAUUGCAAAGGUCAAACUAUUGUUGAUCUUUAUGCAGGAAUAGGUUACUUUGUUUUGCCAUAUCUUGUUCAUGCUAAAGCAGCAAUGGUUUAUGCUUGUGAAUGGAAUGGAAAUGCCAUUGAAGCUUUGAGGACAAACUUGAAGAUAAACAAUGUGGAUGAACAGUGUGUCAUAUAUGAAGGAGAUAACCAAAAGGUAAAGAAAGAUGUGGGCUUUUUUAAAGUCACAUGUUUUAGUAGAUCUAGGUCAUGUUACAUCACAUCCUUUGAGACCCAGGGACAGUUGGUCGGGGCGAUACAAUGUUCGUGGUGAAAGUUUAUUGUAAGAUCGAGAUGAGCCCCUGGGCACUUACUAGCUUACCGAACCAGUUCCAGAAGAAAAAAAAAUUUCUGGCCAAUCAGAAGCAGGCAAUUCAAAUGCUUCUGGAACUGGUUCCGUAAGAGUAAGUGCCCAGGGGCUUGUCUCGAUCUUACAAUAAACUUUCACUGCGAACAUUGUAUCGUCCCGACUAACUGCCCCUGGGUCUCCGAGGAUGGUUACAUCACCACCUGAUAUAAUCAAUGUGACAACCAGAAGUUUAUAGGCUCUUGAAAGAAGAGUCAAAUUAAAGCCAAACCUCCCUUAAUGGCCCCCUCUCCACAACAGCUUCUUGACUCUUGUUUAAAUCUCUCUCUACAAUAUUGCCACCUCUAUAUAACGGCCACUUCCUUCUGUCCUCAAGGUGGCCAGUGUGAAGAGAGGAUCAACUUUAUUAAUGCAGUGAAGCGUUCCCAUUUACAAUUCUCUUUGUCUUUUUUCCUACAUAAUGGUUUUGACGAUCGACUACCUUGAACAUUUUUUCUUUUCCAUUUACAGUUUCCACUUCAGGGAGUUGCAGAUCAUGUCAAUCUUGGACUCAUUCCUACAAGUGAGGCUGGUUGGCCUGUGGCAUGUGCUGCAUUGCGAUCCGACAAAGGAGGCUGGCUCCAUGUACAUGGAAAUGUUACUUCAGGGCUAACAAACUUUGAACUCGACACCUUUUCAAGCAAAAAAGAAAAGGAGUCUAGGUUGAACAGCCAUCCAUCUUCCAUGGACAGCAUAGCUGUGAUUGAUGAUAGAACAACGUCUGCUUCAAACACUACAGCAAAUAAUGAAGAUAGGUGUUUGAAUGGUGCCGAUGCCAUAAAUGCACAAGAAUUGGAAGAUUCUUUGUCUUCACCAUCCAAAAUGUCAAGCUUUUGUCUUCAUUCACUGCAUGAUACAACAAGCCAUUUACCAUCUUGUAACAAAAAAAUCAAGCCUGAAUGGCUUGACUGGGCUGGCUAUGUGGCUCAAAGUCUUUUAGGACAUUUAAAGAAACUACAUGACCCUAAGAUCAACUGGAAUGUUCAGAUAUGUAAUAUUGAACACGUUAAGUCAUAUGCUCCACAUAUUGAUCAUAUUGUUUUAGAUGUUGAGUGUCGUCCGCUGCUUUAGUCUGUUAAACACAAAGUUACUACAAAAUAGCUCAGAAUACAUCUCUCUUUCUAACAUGAUGGAAAUGAAAAUAUGUUGUUUUCUUUUACACUUGCCUGUAGGUUCACAUUUUUGAAAGAAUUUUCAGGGUAAGGAUGCCCUUUCUUUCAUUAAUGGUCCACAGAGGUUGCAUAAAGAGUAGGACCUGUUUAUGCAAGUGUAAAUGUAAUGUUCUGCUUUGAAAUGUGUGUUACAGUUGAAAAUUAAAUUUAGGUUAAAAUUUUUAACCUCGGUUGUUUCUAGCCUCCCACGCAAACGUUCUUAGGGGUUCGUCACGCGUUCCUACCCCACGAGAGGAAUGAUUGCGUGAUGAACCCGUAAGAACGUCUGCGUGGGAGGCUAGGUUGAUUCUCAAUUUCCUUUGUCUUUGAGCCCUAAUUAUUCAUAAAUAUAUUAGGGCUCGGAGACCAAGGAAAUUGAGAAUCAACCUAGGUUAAAAAUUUUAACUUACAUUCAAUUUUGACCAGUAAUAUAUCCAAUACUCUUACCAAAAAGAGUUUAUUGGCUGCAGAAGAACAAGCUCGGUUGGUAAAGUUUUUAACUGCAGAAAGGGAAUGACAGGUUUGAUCUAUGGGGCCAGACCAAUGCUCAGGGUAUUAAAGUAUUAGGUCUGCUAUAAAUGAGUCUGUUUCAAGAAGUUAUUUCUCAAAAUAAAUAAUAAAAAUUCUUCAAAUAAAAACUACACAAGUCUAUCAACCAAGAAAUGAUUGUCCAACAAACCUUUGUCUGGCUCAGACCACGUGAUGCAUAACGCAUUGGCUGUGUCCAUUUGUGAGGCCUAGAGACUAUGCAAGGUCUUGUAGGUUUUCAUACAUUAUGCUAGCUUUUUUUCAAGCAUUUCAGUCAGGCAAAAGCAUUAGGCAUUAUUCGAACGUUUUAGUGGCAUUUUUGUGGAAAUUAUUUUUUCUUUCUCACAAAAAAUAAAAAUUGAAAAUGUUUUGAGAGAAAAAUGAUGAUUUAAACUCAAAAUUAAAAAAAUACUCAAAUUUCACCCUAUUGCAGCCAUACAAAGAAUCAUUUUUUAUUCGUAUUUUAAAAGACUUAUAAACUUAAAACAUUGUUGUCAUAGCACUUAAACAUUUUUGUCAGCCUUAAAACAAAACCCUCUCAAAAUGUUUAGAAUUAAUAAAAAAAAUUCCGUAUAUGAUGAGCAUUAUCCGGAUAAAUAAUUAUAUCUCUACUUAAGUUUUAGUUUGAUCAACUUAAUUAUUACCUGAUUGUUAUUUAUUUUAUCAUUACUAUACCACAAUUAUUUAUUACCUUAUUUGCACAUAUUUAUUUAUUCAUUCUUAUUCUUGUACUUUGCACUGGAAUUUGCUUUUUUGCUAUAUGUCCUUAUAGGAUUUUGCAAAUAAAUUAUGUAGAUGUAGAAUCAAUAUUGUAAUCCACAAUGCCAUCUACUCAUGGAAAUGCCAAUAAAUCUUGUUGUGAUCUCUCUGAGGGAGGAUCGAGCAUUUUUGUUAAAAAAUAAAGCAUUUGGUGGGACAUUUUGGAGGGGAAACAAGAGCUUAAUCCACAAAAGCCCAGUGGGGAAAAUUACACCCCCUCCCCACCCCCUUCACACCCCUAAAAGGGACAAGGCUCGGUUACAUUGCGUGCGGGACAUCAAAAAUCCUCAGCCGCGCGAGAGUAUUACUCAACAAAAAUGUCUGGUCUUGCACGUCCAGUGUAUAUUAUAGCGGCUAAAAGAACGGCAUUUGGUGCUUUUGGAGGGAAGUUGAAAGGCGUAACUGCUACUGUUCUCGGACAACAUGCGGCUGAAGCUGCAAUGGCCGCCGGCAAAGUUGAUCCGGCGAUAGUAGACUCCUCUGUAUUUGGCAACGUCAUCCAGGUUGGCCUUUUUAUGCACUUGUGCACUGAAAAACGUACUCUUUUUUGCUACUAGUUUUUUUUCUUCGGUUGAGACGUCUUUAGCAGGUGCAUCACGGCUAAAGUUUGUUCACAUGAUUUUUGUACCGCGAUUUUUACACGCGAUACGAUGACAGUGCAUUUGGACUUUGCACUCUGAACCAAAGAAAGAAACAGUCAUAAUUUAUUGUAGUUUUUGAUCAACGCUGCUCUGUAAACCUCAAUAAAUGGUAGCUAGUGGUUGAUUUUGAGUCAGAUUUCCGUAUAACCCCAUACAUUUAUUAUGCAUGCAGCAAUUUCAUACUUUAUCUCACAAAUAGUUUUACUAUGAAAUUGCUGCAUGCAUAACAAAAUAUGAAUAGAUCCGUCGAAACAUGCAUUUAUGCAUAAUAAGUGUAUGGGGUUAAACAGAAAUCUUACCAAUUUUUGAUGAAUUUCUAGUCCUGAUACAAAGACGCGUGAUUGCCAGAUGCCCAGGCGAUUCUGUGCAGAAAGAGUGGAGUUCAGUUCGGUCUGUAUAAUAAAUCACAAAUGAUUUAAUAUGCAGGAGAGUCUGUUUAAUUACUACUAUGAUUACAAACUGAAAUUGGAAAACAUAUAGUUUUGUUGCCAUUUAAUCGUAACUAAAACAAAAAUUUGGCAAAUUUUGAUGCAGUGUUGUAAAUUAUUGUAAACAUGUUUUUGUGUGAUUUUAGGCCCCCCCACAUACGUGAUUGGCAAGAACUGUUUAAUAAACAAUAAUAUUUGUUAAAUAAAUUUUCACAACAAAAGGAUGUAUAUUUUUGUUAGAUCCAUUUUGAAAUCACUGGUAAUCUCUGCAAUCUGACAAUCUGAUUGGCUCUCAGUAGUUUAAUUUGUUUGCAAAUCACACUAUUUUUGCUCUAAAUCACAUCCAUUCUAAAUCAUGUCAUUCUGUUCAUUUUCGCUAGUAUAUUGCAUCAUUCCUGUUACAAGUACAAAGUGAGAUGUAAAAGCCUUUUUGUUUCCACUUUUCAACAAACCAGCUACUUGGUCAAGUAAAAUAAUAUUAGUACUGAAUGAAUUCUUCGAUUUCAAAAUGACUGUAAUAAAGUGGUAAUUUAACUUUGUGUCGUGCAAUUUUGGUCUGAAAUCAUACUUGUGAUUUCAAAUUGAAUUUGUGCUGCGUACCCGUCCAAUGUUAAAAUCACGUGUAUGAUUUUAGACCAAAUUGCACCCCACUCAGUUCAAUUAAUCCAUCAUAACCAAUUUUUUAUACAUGAUCUUUUUAUAGAGUGCCUCUGAUGCAGCAUACCUUGCACGUCAUAUUGCUCUUAAAGCCAAUGUCCCAGUCACAACCCCAGCACUAACACUGAACAGAUUGUGUGGCUCAGGAUUUCAGGCCAUUAUCACAGCAGCACAGGAGAUUCAGCUAGGGGAGAGUGACAUUGUUUUAUGUGGGGGGUCAGAGAAUAUGAGUCAGGCACCUUAUGCUUUGAGGGAUGCACGAUUUGGAACAAAACUGGGACUUGAUUUAAAGGUGAGGCUUCCCUGCAGCCAUGAAGUUCUGGGGCUUCAUCCUAAGAAUUUGUAAAAAUGGAUAUGUGGUGAUCAGUGCUGGGUGGUUUUAUUCUGAAGACGCUGAUCAAGAAUAAGUUAUCCAUUCUACAACAGAAUAAAUUAAACAAUAAUUUGACAGUGAAUUAUCAUCCAGUGAACAGGGUUUUGAGGAUAUCAUAGGUCUACUGUCAAAUCCCUCAUGAAUGGCCAUCUGCACCCAAUUACGCAAAAUGCCAAUAAAACCAUUCCUAAGCACAUUAGCGCUCAAGUGACCCUUGCUAGUGCCUGCUAAAAAGAAGUGUUAAUUGGCUUAAUGCAGGUCAUUUUUAUAUAGGAAAAGUAUUUUAAUAAAUAUAAGCAUACUGUCAUGCUUGAUUCAAGAAGGGCAUGACUAGCUAAACAAGUGAAUCUUGUGUCACUUAACUGUUGUCAAACAAACUCACUAACAAAUUCAAAAACUCAGUUUGUCUAGCCUCUCAGUACUCAAUACAAUCAGUUUGUAAAUGUUUUUCUUUUUUCUGUAGUUGGAAGACACAUUGUGGCAAGGUUUAACAGAUUACUAUGCUAAACUACCUAUGGGCAUGACUGCAGAAAACCUUGCUGAGAAGUACAACAUCACACGGCAGGAAUGUGACGAGUUUGCUCUCCUGACACAAAAGAGAUGGGCUGAAGGUAAUAAAAUUAAAUCCAACUAUGUGGAACUAACAGGGCAAAGUCGUAUAGCUACAUUUAUUUUAUAAAGCAGUGGUCAUUAAGAGUGCCGAAACAACAAUUUAAAAAAAAACAUGACACAAGUCGUCUAGCACAUAGGGCGUUCUCUUGUGAUGUUUUCAAGAAAAACAGGGCCAUAAAUUUAACUCAUAUAAUUUAUGAGGAAUUUUUGACUGUAUAUUUUUUCACUUUUUUUCUAGCUAAUGAGGAUGGAAGAUUUGUAGAAGAGAUUGUUCCAGUGUCUGUGAAAGGCAGAAAAGGACCAGAGGAAUUUAAGGUUGAUGAACAUCCCAAACCAAACAGUACCAUGGAGAGUCUGGCCAAGUUACCACCAGUGUUUAAGAAAGAUGGAACAAUUACUGCUGCUAAUGCUUCUGUAAGAUGUUGUUUAUUGAAAAGCAAGAAAAAAGAUUUGAUUUAGAAUCAACAGUCAUGGAGAUGUCAUAAAAACUUUCCCCUGAAAUAAGCUAGGGAUAUUAUUUUGCUCGCCUUUCUAGAGGAACUUUUGAAAGAUUUGCUGCAAAACAGUGAAUAGUCUGCCAUCAAAUCAUUGAGCAUGACAGGUUUGAGGAGUAAGGCAAAGAUAGGUCAUCAAUCAGAAAGACCUCUCAACAAACAUAACUAUAAUAAACCUCAUGCAUCAGGCCAAACUAAUAAUUAUUAUUUUGUCACUGUUAAGGCUGGUUUUCACUUGCAACAGAGUCAGAGUCGGGGUAGUAAGCAGCAUUGUAAGAGUUGUUGCCUUGCGUUGUGAUUAUUAGUGUAGUUCUUUCUCUUUUGCUCUCGACUCUGACAGCCUAGUUUUCAUGAGCUAGUAAGUCACAAGUGGAAUCAGGCCAGUUCCAUCAUGGUUGCUUGAAGUCAGUCUGGUCUUCAUGCACCUAUCAAUCAUUAGUUUUUUUCUGACAGGGAAUAUGUGAUGGAGCAGCAGCAUUGAUUGUUGUUAGUGAGAAAGCCCUUAAAGAACACAACUUCACUCCACUUGCAAGAAUUGCUUCAUACUCUGUUGCCGGUGUGGAACCAUCAAUCAUGGGAAUUGGUCCUGUUCCUGCGGUAAAGGCAGCUCUCAAUAAAGCUGGCAAGAGCCUGCAAGAUAUGCAGCUUAUUGAGGUAAUAUUACCGAGUCAUAUUGUAUUAAGUAAUUUUUAGGUGGACGUGACUGUGUCCAAUGUUUUUCGCAAAUAACAAUGAUAAUAAAAUUGCUAUUAUUGAUUAUUAUUAAAUAUCAUCAUUAGAACAGAUUAAUUCUCAGAUUUUUGGUUCCAAUUUAUUCUAAUAAGGGUGAAACUACAAAAAACAAAGACAAAAACAAUAACUGUCAUAAAGGCCAAAAAUGUUUAGCGGCUCAUUCUGCUCUCAAUGCUCAAUGAGGAAACGACCCCUAGUCUUAAAACAUUAUCUUUCCUCUUGUUUGUGCAGGUAAAUGAAGCAUUUGCUCCACAAUUCAUUGCUGUUCAAAAGGAGCUUGAGCUGGAUGUAGACAAGACAAAUGUUAAUGGUGGAGCCAUUGCUCUUGGUCAUCCUGUUGGAACCUCAGGAGCAAGAAUUACUGGGCACUUGGUACAUGAACUGCGACGGAGGGGAGCUAAAUAUGCUGUAGGCUCAGCCUGUAUAGGAGGGGGCCAGGGAAUAGCUAUUGUUCUUGAAAAUGUACAGUAAUAAAAAUUUGGUUAAAGAUUUUUAUUUUCUUUGAGGUUAGCAGUCACAACAAAAUCACUGUAACCUUGGCAAGUUAAGCUCAACAGAAAAAUGGACAAGUUUCUUAUUUAUACUGUACGUUUUAUUUUUAAGAAAAAAAAUAGGUUUUUCAUAAACUGUACAACUAAGUGAAACAGCAGUUUUUUCUUGUUUUGUGUAGAUCUAUUCACAGUGAAAAAAAGGAAAAUGACAACUAAAUACAAUGUUGCAAGCUGCACAUGUUCUGGUAUUUUUUCUUUCAACUCUGAUAGCUCUUUACAUAUCUUAAACUCUUAGAGUAACUGGAGAAAUAAAAUUGUGAUGAGGCUCACAGUACUUUAAACAAGUUGUAAAUGGUGUCCUUGAUCAAAUAAAAUACCCGACUGAAACAGAAUUAACAGUUCAUUAGAAAAAGGAGAUCUGUGAGGCAAGUCAUCCUUUGACACAAGGUUUUCACAGGCAGAAUGAUUCAUAGGGUCUGGCAGGAGGAUGGUACAUACAGAAAGAAUUUUUCAAGACUUUUGUUUCUUCAUAUGCCACCAUCAUUGAGUCAUUAAUAAUAAUGUGACAGUAGAGUGAAACACAUAAAAAGUGUUGUUAGCAAAAACAGUUUGUAGUUCAUGAAAAAAUUACCCUUAAACACUGUACAAUGGCAUCUAAAUUUAUGAUGGUAGAAACUCUUUCCACUUGAAAUCUUUGCAAAUACCGUAAAAUUCCGAAAAUAAGCCCCGGGGCUUAUAUUUUUCAAAGGCCCUUUUUGAGGGGCUUAUCUACGGAGGGAAAUUUGUGUUUCGAAAUCGAUCGGACUAGCCUUAUAGUUGGAAGUAAAUUUACCAUUUUUGCUUUGUUUUACUCUGUAUUUGAGGGCAAUUUUCCAGGUACAAGCCCCCGGGGGGCUUAUAUUAGGAGGGGCGAUUUAACGGAGGGUUUUUUGUGUUACAAGUUUGGGGGGCUUUUUUUUGGAGGGGUUUAUUUUCAGAGUUUUACGGUAUCAUCUAUAUACAUGAUAUGCAUUUCAAAUAGCAGCAUGAUAAGACUCUAAAAUACUUUAAAUCUAUUUAGGGCAGUCCCUCUUAUAUUUUCUCUUCUUUCUUCUGUUGGUAUGGCUGCCUGAUUGCUUCCAAGGGUAAUGUUGUUAUUUGGUAUGUCAUCUUUUCAUCUCUCCACACUAUCUUGCGCCUGAAACCAAGAAGGGAUAAACAUCCAGAAUGAAGUAGUUGCAAGUAGCCUGUGCGGAGCAGAUGCUUUUCUCUGCUUUUUCACCCACCAAGCCGAAAAAAGCAUUUGCUCCCUGCAGGUCAAGUUGCAAGAGACCUUUCGCAAAACAACAUGAAAACCUCCCAUCAGGGUCUGAAAAGUAUUCUGUUGAACUCACUUACCAAACACGCUCUCCUCUAAAAUUAAUAUUCUAUGUAAUUUAACUGGUAAUUACAGGAAAUAAUAAUAUAUGUAAAAAUGGGGCUGGUAAAAAAAUCCAUUAAUGGUAAUUACAUCAGAAAGUUAGUGGUCUUGGUAUUGACAAAGAUUUUGCCACUUGGUCAGGGGUCAAUUUGAUGAAACCAUUACAAGGGUAAUUAACAGUAUAGCUACUGUUUUUAGACACUAAAACAACACACACAUUUGUAAGUAGCACUCGUAAAAGUUUUAUUAAAUUAGCCCUAGGAUAUACAUGUAUUUUUCACAUCGUUUACUGAAAGCAAAACAUUGAGCAGAUAUCUAAGCUUAGUUUGUUCACGGUUAACCCAAGAACAGAACUAACUGGACUUUGAACCACUUGGCAGAGUGCAAAGAAAAUCAUUUUUACAGCUUGCCCUUCGGGCAAGCUGAAGCUAGCAUUUACUAGCCCAGACGUCAUUUCAACUAGCCCCAAAAACGUUUUGUUCUUCUGUUAUUCAGAUUCCUCAUAAAACAUCACUUGCCCGUCGGGCAAGUUAAAAACAGAAUUCACUAGCCCGAUAGCAAAAUCCACUAGCCCCGGGCUAUCGGACAGUACUUUCUUUGCACGCUGCUUGGUCCAGGGCAUUUCCAUGUAAUUCGUACCCUAAAGGUAAGAAUGAUGUGGAUCACAUUGCUGAUGAUUGGCUACAUACAAAGUGGAAACAAGAACACUGUUGAAUGUAGCAAAAGAGGGAAAUUUUUUUCAUACACCAGAUAUGGGUUCGAUAACCUCCACAGUGUACCUCUCCUGGGCAUCUCCAAUGAAAGCAGAGGCACCCUCAUCAAAACAUUAGCAUGAAACCCUAGACUUUCUCAAAGUCCUUCGUUUCUCAUUUCCAGUUCCAGGAGUAGUUGGCUCCAGCGCAAAGCUCCCGCUUUCGCUCACUUUUGCUGCAGGAAACAUAAAAAAUCUACUGCUCGCGCUUCGUGCUCAUGAAGAAUUUGAGCUUGACUUGACUUGUGGGAAAGUCUACGUGAAACCCCCUAAGGAAGACCAAUCUGGGUGUGUCUCAGGCUUUUAUUACUUGGCCCCUAUGUAAAGGGGACCAUAAGACAAAAUAAGAACUAAAUUGAUUUUAAUAGUACUGGGUGAAAAGAUGUUGACAUCAAUGUUGUCUUGGUUUUGUUUUUCAUAAAUAGGAAUGUACAAUAAAUGGAUCAUUAUACAUUUCUGGGAAACUGCCCACUUACUCCUCCCCUAAGCCAACAUUAACACUUACUUCUCACUUAAAGAAAAAUGUUGGCUUAGGAGAGGGGUACGUGGGCAGUUUCUCAAUGACACCUGUAUGUGUAACAAUAUUGGUUUUCCAUUCUAACCACCUUAAGCAAGACCAAAACUUUCAAUUUUAUACCCCCCCCCCCCCCCCGACCCCCAAAAAAAAGAGAACAGGUGACAGUUGUGCGAUAAUUACCUGAAGAGCGCCAGCUUCUCUUCUAAGCUCUUGUACUACAGAUGCUAAAGCUUCAGGAUUCACACCUGCUUCACACAGCUUAACACAAACAGCUAAAGAUUCAGUGUCAAGGCCAGUAUUUAGCAGCUUGGAAAUCUCUACCAGUGCUAAAAGAUAAAGUUAAGCCAAACAUAUUGUAACUCUGUACUAGUCAGUGUCCUGCACUUAUCAUUGGCCAUCCCCUCAAGGGGACCCUGCCCAAGGGAGGGUACUUUGCAAAGGACUAUGUGAAAGUGCUUACAGUAUUAGAUUUUUUCCACCUUGAUGGAGGUAAAGAGCAAUCAAAGUUAAGAAAUUCCCCUCCUAGAGGGCUAUCAUAUUGAACAACAUGAAACCAUAGUAAACUUGAGAUGCCAUUAUAAUGACCCAGCUCACCUGAUAAGAAAAUAGUACUUUACAUGAAUUUACACAAUGAUACAUGAACUGCUGAGUCUGCCAUAGAUUAUUUUCACCACGAGGAGAGAGGUAAGCCCACAAUCUUCUGGAAAAGUGAACAACUUGAAAUCUAUGGAAUUCUAUGUACAAUGCCCGAGGUUUUCUCUUGCGAAACCUUGCUCAUUUUCCCCAAUUCAGGGAUAAGUAACUCUUUAAGUCCCCCUUUAAGUCCCCAUACAAAGUUGUAUUUGUUCGAGGUCCCCCCAUCAGUGGAUGGCCGAUGAUAGGUUCAUAGCACUGUAUAAAAGUUAAAGCAACCCAUAGGGUCGCCCAAUGGGAAAGUGUAAGAGUGCCCAAAUUGUGCCCUAAAAGCAUAUAAGCCAACUCUCCUGGAUAUAACACCAAUCUCCCGGUCUCACACAUGGGUCACCAAAUCUCCCGGAUAAAAUCGAGUUAUGAACUUUUCUGCGCUUUAAUUGGGAAUUUGUCCCAUUUUCUCCGAAAAUUCAAUUUUCUAUUAUUCAUAGUUUGGUUUCUGGGGCAUUUUUGCUCACACUUCAUCACUGACAAAGAUUAUUUUGAAAAUGAAGAAAUGAUCGUUGCAGUGAACGCAAUUUAUGCAAUUGCGUAAAGAAGCCUGAAAAAAAUUCAGGACUUCAACGGGGUUUGAACCCGUGACCUCGUGAUACUGGUGCAAUGCUCUACCAACUGAGCUAUGAAGCCACUGAUGUUGGGAGCAGGUCAAUUGUGGGUUCAUAUGUUCCCGUGAAAGAAAUGAAUGUUAAUGAUAUAUGAAAUAAAUCAUAUAUGAACUGCGGAAAUGAAAUGAAAAUGAAGAAAUGAUCGUCACAGUGAAUACAAUUUAAGCAAUUGCGUAAAGAAACCUGAAAAAAAUUCAGGACUUUUAUUUUUCAGGCUUCUUUACGCCACUGCAUAAAUUGUGACGCUCAUUUCUUCCUUUUUAUUUCAUUUCCACAAUACAUGUAUCAUUUAUUUCAUAUAUCAUUAACAAAGAUUAUUUUGCCAUUACAAUCAUACAAGUGAAUUUUGAUGGUCUGUACCUCAUGUAAGACUUUAUAUAAUGUCCUAAGCCAUUCCCACGUGAUAAAUUAGGGUCUGGAUCACAUCGGGUGGUCAGGGUUGGGGAUGGGGGGGGUUUGGUCGUGUUGAUAUUCGGGGGCGGGGGGGGGUAAUGCAAAAGAGUGAGCCCAGAUUUUAGAUUUCUAGAGGUUGGCAUCUCUGCAAAAGUAAGCUUGCAUGUAAUAAAAUCAGCUGUAAAAUGCGACAGAACCUUCUACCUUUUCUUGGUCCCCUACCAAAGUAAUUCUCAUGACAUAUGCAUCAUCAGCAAAAGAGAAAACUCGAAAACUAUAAAGGAUGUAAGGUUUUAAUAUACGUGUAAAAGAAUAACUUAAGCCAAAGUUUUUUUCGAAUAUUAUACAUCUGAAAGAUGUUUAGACCAUAUCAUACACUAAAACGUUUACCAACUAAACAAUCGAAUCCCUCAAACGCAAUGUACAUACCCUCUAUUGCUUCCCGCGCUGAAGUCACUCUUGGUCUGUUGUCCGCCAUCUUGAAAUGUUGAAAGCAGUUUAUUAGGGCAGCGGAGUUACCUUUCAAUAAUCUAGGGAGAAAAUGAUAAGCGGUCAAUGAUUUUUUCCCUUGAGUAAACUCGGAUCACCAAUAUUCAUCAAAAUAACUUGAUAUUACUCCAUAUCACGAAAAAAAAUUAUGAGCUAAAAAACGUUCUGCUAUCCUUGCUGGUUUUGCAAGAAAAAUUCCCUUCGGUUUCAAUACACUGUUCAUUGAAAAAGAACAUUGACCACUUUUCAGAUUCUCUCUACUUGCAAUGUUCUUUUCAUGCGCCAGAUUCAAACUUUAUUUUUGAGUAGGUUUCAUCCAUGGUCAUCCAUUGUAAUGUCAAAUUUAGUUUAGAAUUUUUGUGUUUAUGCUUGGAAAUAUUUCGUUUUCAGUGAACUCAAAAUAGUAGACAGUAUGUCUACAUUAUCUUCUUUAGAAGUUACUCGAAAUCCGUUCGACAGUAACCAAGAAGAACGACUGAACUGUCCAGGUUUCAGUCCUUCCAUGUUCCGAAAGCAAGAAACCCCCGCAAGUCAAAAGGUGAGUAUAAAUUUAGAAUUCCGCGGGAUAAAUCACUAAGAUUGACUCAUCGCGUUCUUUCACCUUACAUCGAUUUUUUUAUUUUAUCUUCACAGAAAUCAAGAUCUUUUAGAUGGUCAAUAGAUCAGAUUUCCCGUUUGGUAAGUUCGCCCACUGAUACACUCAAAUUUACCGUCCACUAUCCAAUCCUUUGCAGAUCCGAUCCGCGGUUUGUGUUUACCAGUAAGCUUAUUGUUAUCAUUUAGUUUUAAUUCCUCUGGUCCUUUUAGACUUUCAAACCAAUUUUAAGCCUAUAUCUCACGGACGGUCAUUUUUCUAGAAGAUCGUACAAAAAGCGCGCGGGCUGAGAAACCAGUGGAACCCGGCGCGAUUUGUUUGCGAGCUGGCGCAGGAUCGAUAUUGAAGGCGGCCCUUUCGCUGUAGCUCGCUGAGUGUGCAUGGCUAUCAGUUUCCCGGCCCUCUUCGUCGAGCGAGCAGAUGCGUGUUUUGCGGGUUCUAUUGUGGGGAUGGAGCAAUUCUCUCUGAUUCUCUCCACUCUCCAUCUAGCGCCACUCGAUCUCCACCGUAUUGUCUACAUGUAACUCUAUCUGAUCCCCUGUGAAAGUUGGAACUCGCUGGUUUCGUCCAAGGGCUUUCAGCGUAUUUGUUUACGGCCUAUUUAUUUCAAUACUCGUUUUUCAGAAUCCAGCUGAUAUUGAUGAAUUUCCAUGUCAAGAGUAUAGCAGUACAUUUGAAAGGUUGGUUCUUAUAAAUUAGUUUUCUCAAGGGCCAAUUAAAGCUCGGGAUUAUUAAAAGAAAGAAAGGCCGGCCUGAUUUUUUUUGAACUCUCAUUUUAGCUCUUCCAUAGAUCAGCGUAAAAAUCAAACAAAGGUUCUUUCAAGGCUUGUGAGUUUAUCUGUCAAUUCAUGUUAAUUAACUGUUAUGUUAUGUAUUGAGAGGGCUGUCAAAGGUUGGAACACACCAAACGAAACAAGUUGCAGCAACACGUCGGGUGACAGAUCACUCUGUGUGUGUACAGGUCAGGUAACUACUUGCAGCAUCACGUUGCGGCGAUCACAGCAACAAAUCAUUUUGUGUGUACUGGAGAAUUUUUGUGAAAAUCUUUGUCUGUGCCACAAAAUUUUGUUGCCACAACAAGUCGCAGAAAAUCAAAUCAAUCUGAAUUUGUGCAACUUGUUGUGGCGACAAAAUUCUUUUGCAGAGAAAAAGUUUUCACAAAAAUUCUCCAGUGUACACGAGGCGACUUGUUGCUACGAUGCAUUGCCACGACAUGUUGCUGCAACUUGUCGCCUAGUGUGUACCUUUAAGCUUUUAAGUGGAUCAGGUCCUCAGGGAAGGUAGCUGGUCAUAUCCAACAAAUCCUCCUAUAUUUGUCAUGUUUGACUAAUUUUCAGACUGACAGAAGCUGGCUGGUGUUGCAGUAGCAAGCUAAAAAGGCCAGCUGUCAGCUACCAAUGGCUGCUCUGGGGGUGCCACUGGCACUUUGGAACCCUUGGCCUAUACCAGGCCAUGUUUAAUGCUUACUGCAAAAUGAUCCCUUUUUCUUUACCAAAUUCCAUUUGAUUUUCAUUACCUAUCCUAGACUCUACAACUUGAAAACCCUACCCUAGAGAGUAGCACACACCUUUAAAGUCUGCAUAUGGCUGUGCUGCCCCCUCCCUCCCAGGCCUAGCAUUUAUAUCUUGGAAAUGAACCUUAGCAUUAAGAUACAAUAGUAGGGCUGUCAUUAAGAGCAGGGGGCUGGGGAUUUUCCGGCCACUAUGAGUGUGGCCCCCGGCUACUUUCAUUGGAAAAUAGAAGAAAGAAAUAGAACCAAAAGAAAUCCCUAGCUGUUUGAUUCCCCGCCUACUGGUACUUGUUGUAUUUACCCAGCAACUUGAAAUCUUAGUGACCACCCUGCAACAGUAUAUUGGGACACUUGCCUUGGGAGGGGGUGUCCAUUAAUUUUGGUUCCCAAGUGGUCACAAUGGAUCAGUUUAAAGCAGCUAUCGGAAUAUUUUGAUGAGUGAUAAUUUAUAUUAUUUCCUGAUUUUGAAUGAAUCUCAUUUAGGGAAGAGGAUGAAAUUGAAGCACAAAGAGCUGUAGAUGAGGUAGGUGAAAAAAAAGGUUUAAACCUUGUAACAUUCACACAGUGCAGUGGAGUCCACAUCUUUUAAACCUCCUGGAGAAAAGGGAACUAGUCUGAAUAAUCUGGAAGUUCAACAAAUUUGGAGUACAAAGACAUACACUGUUUGACUCACUGAUUAAGAGAGGGCAUUUUUGGUUAAAAUUAUCAGGACCUUCGAGAAGCCAAGUGGCAAGGGUUUUAGAAAUCAAGAGUCCACUGUAGUUCCACCAGCAUGAAAUAACUUCAUGCUUCCUGAUCUACCCUGGGAAUCAUCCAUCUCUUCAACAUAGGAAAGGUCUUCAGUAUUUUGUUCACCAGUCUGAGGUGAUCAUCCUUUGACACCCAGCAGCAGGUUUAAGAGUGGGUGAAAAUUUUUUGCCCCCAUUUUUCCCCUGAAUCCUUGCUUCCCUUCUGUCCCAAUGAUGAUUCCCAGUUUGACCACCAGUCUGUUGAACUUAAGAACCAAGCCUCCAAGUUAAAGUUUUUGCUUGUUUGCCAUUUGGUGACCAAUUCUUUUGGUUUAGGGAGACUUUUUUACAAAUCAAGUUGCCGGCUUCAAAAUUUUAGGCACCAUUGUGACUAAAAUAGUCAGUACUUGGAGGGUUGAGAACACACAUUAGAAGCCUGACUAACCACUGGCAAGUCGAACCAGUGUCAAGAUUACUGGGGUAGCCGGCAUAGCAGGCACAUGAAGUAAAAAGGGUGUAAGAAAGAAGGGGCCACAUGAGGAAGACCUGCAAGCUUGCUUCUCCCUUGCAUGCCCUGUUCUUUGUUGCACCCAUAUAACUUUCAAGCACCUGCAAUGCAAGCUAUGUCAUAAUUUAAAUUUCUUGCCAACUUGUCUUUUUCAUGUUUUAUGUUUCAGUAUUUUUCUCAAAGCUCCAUUGUCCCAUCUCCAUGGACACCAAACCAUGCUGCAAAACAUGUUAAAUUUUCCCCACUGCCGCCAUCUACUGCCUGUAAGUAUGAUCCAAUGAACAGCCUGACAUGAGACAUCCAUGCAUAACUAGAACCAAGUUGUUGUUGUUUGUGACUCUAGACAAACAAUGUUUUUGCUCGCCAUUUUAUUUUGACUCUUGUUGCUUCAAUGUUGUCUUUUUUUAUUACAAUAUACCGGUUAUAAGAAAUAUAACAAAGGCAAGUUGCAGUAUUUCUCAGUAGAUUGAAUACUUGUAGGUCCAGCACCCUGGCUCCAAGGGUUUGUUCUCAAAAUGCCCAGAGGAUGAAAUAACUUGUGUGCAUGGUUUGAUAAAGCUUCGCACCUUGCUGUUGGGGCUUCAUUGUGAACUAUCAGGAAUUAGGAACGAAAAAAUCCCCUAACACUUAGGGUAUAGGUCCAGCAACUCUACUGAACGUUAAAAAAUUUCUUAUCGCCUUGUUAUUCACAAGGUAUUUUUUCACUUUGUUUAAUAAUAUAAUAUUAAUUACAGUAGAAGACUAAAUUGAUUUAUCUUUCACUUUACUCUUGAUAGAUAUUGAAGCCAUAAGUUCUGCUGAGUCUUCCUAUUCAUCUCCUAACUCAUCAAGUUGCAAAGUUAAAGUAGAUGGUAAGACAACUGAUUUUCUCAAAUAUGCUUUUUGAGGCAAAAUUGCAGCCAACAGGAGAAGGCAAAAACUUAAUUGUCAUGCCCCAUCCAAAUCCUGAAACUUGAAAGAAAUCUUGGCCAUUCACUUUUUUGAACUGUUUCCUUUCUGUUGCUAAGAUUAAUUCGGUGAUCAUGACGUAAUGGUCAUAAGAAAUGUCAGUGAUAAUUUGCUUCAAAACAAAUUUUAAGUGUCAUGUACAUCCACAAAAAGAAAUGAAAAGGAAGAGUUGCCAAGAACACUAUCAUAAUGGCAGACUGAAUUGCAUGAUGUAGCAAACAUUGACUACAUAGUUCAUAUGUAAACCUCUUCUUUGUAUUUUUACUUUCAAGCAAGCAGCCAGACAAAGCUAUCUCUACCACCAGACUUUGAUCUGCAAAGUCAUAUUGGUAAGUAUGCUACGAUCUUGACAAAUUUACAAGUUAAAACUAAGAAAAGAAAGCAUCCUUCACUUGCUAUAGAUGCUGCUUAAAGCAAGAUAUUUAAGACAUUCUGUUUGGUACAAUUCUGUAUCAUAACAGAAUUUAUUACUAACUGAGUCACUGAGAUAUCUAAAAUAACAAAUCUGACAAUUAUCAUAAAGGAGACUGACCAUCUUUGCUUAAGAUUUUCCAUACAUGAAAGUGUUGUAGGUCAAAAUUGAAGUUGGGUCAAAAUUUUUAAAUCUAGGUUGAUUCUCAAUUAUUCCUUUGUCUCCCAACCCUAAUUAUUCACGAAUUAGGGUAAGGACACCAUGAAAUUUAAUUUUGAUCUAAAAAAUGUGUAUGGGUAUUUUUUUAUCAACUAGGGAUUCAUCAAUUUCAGAUUGUCAGGAACUGAAAUGUUUUAAAAUAAUAUUAUCUUUCAUGUAUUACAGAUCCUGCUUAUUAUAACCAAGAUGGCCUUAAUGGUAGUAAAGACAUGUCAAUGUCUUCACUAAGAAGAAAGUUGUUUUCUCAAGCAGGAACUGUAAAUCAAACAGAAAAAGCCCAGCUGGAACCAUCACCUAACAUCAAGUAACUAUGACACCUUACUACUGCAUACAAGUUUCUAUAUUGGCUUGUAGAGAGAACAAAAGGGUUUGUAGUGAUGCUAAUUUGCACAGGUGUUCUUUCUCCUGAAAACAACAUAUUUUUCUACUUUUCGCCUGGUCCUGUCCCGAGACCUUAGACUUAGAGGACCUUUCUCAUAAGUCAAUAUGGUGGGUGCUCCAAGAAGUGCAGACGUUUGCAAAGUUCUGACCCUACUUGGAAUUCCAAUUUCCUUUUAGCCCGUGUAGCAAGCAUUUCUGUUUUGUUUCGGAGCAAAACAAGACUGAGGAAUGGGAUUUUGGUUUUGGCCGCAUGAGAAUCAGAACGAGAACCAAAAAAAUGAAAGAGGGGGGAGGGGAAGGAAGGAAACCCUAUCUUAACUUUCUUCCCCAACCCCUCCCCGCUCUUUUACUCAUGCCAUUUUUCUCAUUCCUUCUCCUUCGCUCCGAAACCGUACAGAAACACUUGGAGCGAUGGGUAUGCUUAGAAUUGACUGGGCCAUUGGCUAACUUGGUUUAAGGGUGGGGGAAGAUGUAAGGGGGAUCUGAAAACAGCAAAAUGAAGAAGGAAAAGGAAGAAACGGCACAAAAAACGUCAAAAACUGAAUGCAGCAACCAAAAUUACCAAAAUUUUCUAAAAUCUGCAAACUGCUUAAUCUUGUAAAACCACAAUUUUAUAAGGGUCACUUGAAGGAAAUUAGCCUGCAUAGCCCAUGUUUAUUUGUUCUCUUUUGCCAUGUCUUAUGGUAAAUUUUUUGGCAGUACUAACCUGCAGUCAGGAGGUCAGUUUUUCUUCUGAAGGAGAAGGGGGCAAGUGUUUCCUUUCCUCCCCUUCCCAUUCAUUUACGGUUUUCUGAAGAAAAAAUGAAAAAUGACUAAAAAUACUUAGCGAGGGGUAUAAGCACUCUGAGUCAUAUUUGUAACGAACUAUUUUGAGUUAUGUAAAACUCCUCUGUUUUUCAGAUCCAUCCUCAAAAGUCCCAAAAGUCCUAUUUUGGUGAGUUUAAAACCUGAUAUAAUACAGAAAAGAGUACUCUAGUUAAUUUAAUCACUUAUUUAUUUAAAUAUCAGAUGAUGAUUUCCUUCGAUUAAAACUGGAAAUCAACUUUCUGACUUUCAACUUCCGGUUUGAACUUUACCUUAGAUAACGUCAAGCCCGGUGUCUGAACAGUCCACACCAAAGCACACCAAACACAGACACUCGACUACCAGUACUAUGUCAAGUCCGAAUAUCUCACCUAUCAAGCCAGUAAUGUCUGUCCCGGAGACACCCACCUCCGUUAGACGUCCUCGUUUAUCCAGGCACAGUUUUAGUCCCAUGGAGUGCUCAGUGAAUAUACUUGAAUCUUCUGGGAUUGAAGUUAUUGGGGACGCACUCCCGGAUCUGUCUCCAAUAAAAGGGCCUGAAGAAACAAGCAUUGGUCGAGUUCAGAAAAUGGACAUCGACAACGGUAAAUUUCGUAAUUUAAAGAAAAUUUUGGGUCCAAAUGUUAGCAUGCAUGCAUCGUUUGGGAGCACGUGGAGCAUCGCAUGCGCGGGAAUCAAUUUUUGCGUUGUGUAAUGAGCAUAUAGUGUCUGGGUGAAUAAGGGAGUCUGGGAAAGACAACAAUGUCACGCUUCAAUUCCACAUAGAGUGAGUGCUCUUUUGAAAUGGCGUCCUUGGUAUUAUUGUCUUUGCAAACUUUCCAAAUCGUUCUCAAGAGAAAUAGUUUUCUUCUCAGUGACUUUUAACAACAUCGUAGAAACCUGGGAAUAUUUCAAGGAAAUAUUUUUAUAAGUAGUUGCACGAGGCCCAUGGUUAAAUACAUCGCGCAUUUAAAAUGUCGGAAAGUCUGGAAGUCGAGUCGCCACAUUCCACAGGUUCGAAAUUUUGAUUCUGUGAUUUACACCUUCGAGUUUGAUUUGACAAAAGUUAGUGCACACGUGAACUUCAGAUUUUCAAAUGUUGUUACCAACGGUCCAUUGACAAUACUGCAACAUACAUUGACCUGCUGAACUCCAGCAGGAGAUCAUUGGUAAUCAUUGGUAAUGAGGAUGAGAAAAGUGAAUAUAGAAAUUGGGAGGCAAUCUCUCUUUAUAAGAAGACCAAUCCUUUGGGAUGGCCUCAAUCACGAAACAAAGAUUCAAGAUGAUGUAGCUAGAUUUAAGGUAGCCUUAAAGAAAUGCAAUCUGGAACAAAUUAGUUUUAUGAAGGGAACUUUAAAUUUAAAUACAAAUUUAGAUGAUUUCUUUUAUUAUUAAUUUUUAAUUUUUAACCUAUGAUGCUGUGAGGAUAAUGAUAAUUUUAGUAUUACUUAUAUAGUUGUAAUCAUCUGUUGUAUUGUAACUUUUAUUUUUGUUCAGUUGUAGAAAUUGUUUUAAUUGUAACCCAUUUAGUAUUGUAAAUUAUGUUUCUGAUGUAUUUGUGUUAAGGUCCACAUCAGCCUUUGGCUGCCAACUAUUGACCUUUCAAUAAAGUAUGUAUGUAUACUGUCGACUCCUGAUAACUUGAAUCUUCUAAAAAUCGGAAGAAAUCAGGAGUUCGAAGCAAAUAGUCGGAAAUAAGCAAAUGGAUGGGGAGGGAAUGACGUUAUCAUGCACACUUCACUUCAAGGGCAGCAAGUAUAUAAAGAUAUUUUGAAAAAGGAAUUUAGCAAACAAUCUUGAUUAUGUACAGGUAUGGACACUCAAUUUGAGCUAGAGUGACAAAAAAGUAAAGACAAAUAAGACACGGUUGUUUUGAAAUACAAAAUAUUCAAUGUUUUGGACUUCAGUAUACUGUUUUUUUUCCGAACUUGUCAAUGCACUUAAAACAUUGUUCAGGUUAUCGAGGUUAGAGUUAUAUAGAAAUGUUCAGGAGGGAAACAAAAAGUACUUCAAGUUAGCGGGAUGUUCAAGUUUAUACCAAGGGUAAAAUUACAGUAAAUGCAUGAAGGAAAUACAGGGGAAAUCGUCUUUGGUUUGAGUUAGCGUGAGGUUUGAGUUAGCGAAGGUUCAAGUUAUCGGGAGUCAACUACGGCUAUGUGGUUGCUGGUCUCUGAGAGCUUAUGAUUGAUUAUAAUUCAUACUUUAUUUUCCUGGUACAGAUGACAAUGUUAAUAACUCCCUUGAUGAUGGCGGUCCACUGGAAGUAUCAUCCCUGUCUGUGAAGGAUGAUAACAGAGAUGAAAAAGGGGAACAAGAGGCUGAUUAUGAUGAUGACAAUGACAAGGGUGAUGAUGGUGAUGAUGAUGAUGAAAUGCCACCGAAGAUCACUAUGGAAGACUUAGCUGAUGAUUUAGACUCAACAAAUGAAAGCAGUGCUAAUCACAGUGCAGAUUCUCCUGGAAUGGAGUUUGCAGAGUUAACUCCAAGGGUAAAAUCAGAUUCUGAAAAAAUUGAAAAAGCUUCUGAUGACAAAAGGAAAGAAGAAAAAUUUGAUCAUCCUAGUUCUACAAAGAAAGUAGAUGUAAAGAUGGAAGAGAAUGACUCGCACAUCAGUGAUGAGCACAGUAAUAACACACACUAUAGAAAUGGAUAUUCAAGAUCAAAAAUAGAUACACUCAAUAGUUAUCAUGUACCAUCCACUUCCAGCCAAAGAAGCUGGCAAAUGAGAGACUACAGUACAACAGAAAGCCAUAAAUAUAGUCAUCUCAAUGAACUUGACGAGGAUGUGAUCAUGAUGCGUGCAAAAGCUGCACUAAGAAGAGCCAAUAGAUAUUCACCACCAAAAGGGAAAAAAGGCUACUCCUUUGAUCCACAAAGUUUGUCACUUUCAGAUUUGAGUUUAAAUGCACCAUCUGCAUGGGAACCAGUCCGCAUGUCAACGCCUUUGGUUCCACAAACUUCUGCAUCCACAGACUAUAGAAACCAUUCAAAUCAUCACAGUCACUAUGGUUACAAAUCACUUAGUGGCUCUCAUCGGCAUGACUUCGCUGAUGCUACAUAUUUUGAGGAAUCAGGACUUGGAAGGAGUGGUGGUGAAAUGGCAUCACGUCGUCAUCACUAUUUUAGAAGGAAAUUGUCCCCUACUAUGGAAGAUAUAACUUGGCAAAGAAAACCUCAUGGAAGUGCAGAAGGUACAGUGUUUAUUCCUGUUUCAUUUUGCAUUGGCUACAGUUUGUAUUUGUAGAUGAAUUCAUCAUUCUUUAAUCUUAAUGCAAAACAAAGAACUUGUCCAAUCUUUUUGUCUCUUUUUCGAACUAAAGAACGCCGACAUGAUGUUUUGCAUCUGUUAUUUCUCGAAAAAUUAGGGGAAAAUAACGAAAAAAAUACAGGGCAAUGUUUUUCUACUGCAUCAAAGGUCACAUACAAAAAUUCAGGCAAUUCUGGCUAGAAUAGAAAAAUCGACAUAAGGCAAUUAUGUAUUCUGCUCUUUUUUGAUGAAAGGUUUAGAAGCUUCUGUUUCAUAUAGCAUCUUUCUGUUCAGAUUAUUAAAGAAUGGGUCAUCAUAAUCCUCCUUUCUUGUACACUUUGAUGACCACCCUAGCCUACAUUGCAGAUGUAAUCUAACUCUAGUUAGUAUCACCUGUGAAGCAGCAGUGAUAUCCCUGUUUUGAGCCCCCAACGGACUCGAUGAAUUGCCAGAAGUGCGUUUUAAGUUUCCCUUCAACCUGAUUGGCAAAUAGACAAGUGCAUCGAUCAUGGCGAGUACUCAAAUCCUGGUACACAGGUGGGUGGCCCAGGAAAAGGAUUUUUUUCACAGACAGAUCUAACCAGAACUUUAGUUCCCUCUGUGACAAAGCAAUGACCACCAUUAAUACCUUUUUUUUGUUUUUACAGGGAAGUAUCCAUUUUCUCAUCCUUGGAGGAAGCCAAGUUCCCCAUUGUAUGACAGUGACUGGAAGUUCUCUCAAACUCAUCCCAUGAGUUAUGUAGAAUGGAAAGCUCUCUACUGGAGGCCUCCAAAGGAGCCUGUACUGUGGAGAAAUAACCACACUCAUCAUCACGCAGACCCAUACUCUUAUGAGCCAAACUUCAAAAGGUGUGUAAUUUUUAGACCCAAGUGACAAUCUUAUUGUUAACACCCAACAGCCAUUUGGGUGAGCAAAUAAAGGCCAGGGGUGCACGGAAAAUAGCCCCAAGUGACCUUUGAUUAGCUGAGAGAUUCGCUUAUCCAAAUUUUCUGAUAAGUAGGCAUAUUAAGUGGGUAAAUUUUAGAGAAAACGUAUGAGCUUUUCAUCAGGACGAACGAAACUGUGGACAUUGUAUACGGUUGUCCAUAGGGUGGGUUCCCAUAACUUUCAUAUUUUAAUUUAUAACUAUCAUCAUUUGUUUAAAAUUUUCUUACAGGGUGUCCUGGCCACCUAGACCUCUCUCAUCAAAGCUUGCCUAUGGUUCACGACCACUGUCUCCCCCUGUGGCUUUCCCACCGGCAAAGGUUCCCAGGGCGGUUUCAGGAGGGUAUGCAUCAAAGAUUGCCUUACCCUCAUAUCAAAACAGCAGUGAUAGUGGGUAUUCAGAUUGGCAACGGAGUGCUAGCCGAUGGGAAAACACAGGAAGAAGUCAGCACAGUUCUCUAGGAUAUGACUUCAGAUUCUAUUAGAAAUCAAGCUUCAUCAUCUUAGAAGGAUUCCUUCAUUCACCUUCACUGUGCUAAGAGAGAAAUGUUAUCUCUAACACUGGAAGAGGAUUCUUGAUAAAUCAUAGCCCUAGACCCGUGGGGCUACUCCCUACUUAAACGGGCAGGAUACUUGCCUUUUAUUAUAUAAACACCAAUGAAAUACCAGUUGAGC